AAAGGACAAGCAAGAUUAAAGUCCGGCGCAAAAAAGCAUAAAUGCAAAUGAACAAAAUACAAGAACUUAGGAGUAGGCUGGCACAGUCCCUUCAAAUUGAAAUAGGCAAACUCUAAAACGCCAUGCCCCAAAAGCUUCUCCUUUUCACCUUGCCGAAUGCAUGAAAGGCCAAAAUCUAAAACAAAUCCAACAACACACACUUAAACUACCGAUUUGGGAUCUGUAAAGACACCCACAAUCGGGGGCAUCACAACGCAUUCGCUAUGCAACUCUCUACACUUUCUCUUUUCCCUUUCUGUAACUUCCUCACUCUCUCUACACACUUUCCCAUCUACCUAAUCCUAUCUUCUUCUUUAUGCAAAACUGUUCCCAAAUUUCUGCAUAUUAAGGCGAGCCGUGAGGGUGAAUCUCGGUGUUAUUUUACUCUAAAUCAGGGAUUCAAUAGAUCAAACAAAUUGUCCAGAUACAUAGUUACAAGAUCUCAACUUGGUGGGACUGGGAUCCUUGAUGCUACCAAUUCUUUAUCAGAAAUUAAGCCGAGUCCGAAAUUUAGAGGAGUAUGCUUCUAUGGUAUGACAGUUAUGGCAGGCGUUUUACCGUUUGGGAUACUGAUAGUGGCUCAUCCCUUGGCGCUCAUCUUUGAUCCCUACAGGACAAAAUUUUACAAUCUUAUUCCAAAACUAUGGGCAACCGCAAGUAUUGCUCCCUUCUUCGAUAUCGAGUUGGAAGGAUUGGAGAAUCUGCCCCCGCAGAAUGCUCCUGCGGUGUAUGUUUCGAACCACCAGAGUAUCAUAGACUUCUAUCCACUGUUAACUCUGGGAAGAAGCUUCAAGUUCAUCGGCAAGAAUACGGUAUUUUUUUAUCCUGGAAUCGGGUGGGCCAUGUAUAUUCUGGGUAUGAUUCCGGUAAAGCGCAUGGACAUCAGAAGCCAUUUGGAGGCUGUUAGGAGAUGUAUGGAUCUGGUAAGGAAUGGUGCCUCCGUGUUUUUCUUUCCAGAAGGCACCCGGAGUAAGGACGGCAAGUUAGGUGAUUUUAAGAAAGGUGCAUUCACUGUUGCAGCAAAAACCGGAGUGCCUGUAAUACCUAUGACCUUAAUCGGCACCGGCGAAAUCAUGCCUGCAGGAAUGGAGCAUGUCGUCAACUCAGGCUCCGUUAAACUCAUCAUUCAUAAACCCAUCAAAGGAAACGAUCCCGAAAUUUUACGCCUACUAGCUAGAAACACCAUUUUAGAUACCUUAAGCAUCGAGGCUCAGAAAAAAAACGGCUCUCAUAAGCUCAAAACCAUCUAUCAUUUAAAAAACUAUCCAUCAUCUGUUAUUUGGACUAAAACAAUUCCCUUUUUCUAUUAAAUCAAGCUGGCGAGGAUGGAGAUGAGAAGUUGAUAAAUUUGAAACUUAAUAGUGUAAAUUAGAGGAUGAAUAAUGAGAAGAGAUUGUACGAAAUUAUGAUUCUAUAUUUUUAUUCAUUUCUAAUAGGAAAAUGGGAAAUCAACUUUUUCAUCUUUAUUUUUAGCAUUUUUAGCUAGAUUUAAAUUUUUUCUAGAGGAAAACAUUGAAAAUCAGGAAGAAAAAUUUAAUUUGUCAUUCUCUUAUUGAAAAUAAAUAAAGAUGACAUGAAAUCAUAGUUUCGUAUAA